GAUCGAGUAAUGAGUUAGCAAGCCAUGUUUAUAUAUAGACCGAAAAUUUCUUUCUCCAAAGACAUGAGUAGUACUGAUCAUUAGGCCACUCGUCAUCAAGAUCAGUUGUCUUUUCUCGCUAGCUAGCUAUCUGCAUGCGCGCUAGCAGCUUCUUGUUGCUAAUUCCUCUAGCUACCUAAAACAUGAAGCAAAAGAUAGUUAUAAAGGUGCAAAUGACCUGCGACAAAUGCCGAACCAAGGCCAUGAAGAUUGCGGCCACAUCGUCAGGUGUGAUAUCGGUGGGAAUACAAGGGCCAGAUAAAGAUCAGUUGGUGGUAACUGGCGAAGGUGUUGACUCCGCUUGUCUGACCCGCUCCCUAAAAAAGAAGCUUUGCUAUGCCACCAUUUUAACUGUUGAACAAGUAAAGCCGCCCAAGCCGCCUGAACCCCCCCCGCCCCCGCCCCCGCCACCCUGCCAUUGUGUAUGGCUACCACCACCACCGCGUCCCAUGUACUGGGGAGUCGUCUGCCAGGAUCAAAAUCCAAGUUCCUGCCCCAUCAUGUGAUCAUCACCCAGAUUAAUUGUCUCUCUCAUGAUGAAUUAAUAUUUGCAUCCCCGAUUUUAGCAUGAUCAGGUCCUCAUCGAUCGAUGAUCAUGAGUUUCAAUCCCCUUUUUAUCUGGGCAGGCUGUACGUACUUCAUAUAUAAUAAAAUAGUAAAAUAUAUGUGCAUGGCUUCUAGUA